AUGCAAUCUAAGGGUCACACUUUGAUCGAUAUGUUGCAUCGAAUGUUAGCCUUGCUUACUUCGUUUAGCGGAUUUGUCUACCUGGUGCAUGCUAGUCUCGAGUUUACAACGUCAAUUGCGCAAGAAUGCACACCUCUCAACGUAACAUGGAAGCCGGACAAAGACGCUUUUCCUUAUAGCGUUUAUUUCAUGGUGAUAGGAGCAUCACCGCAAAGUUGGCGAAUCGAAUCAGACUAUCAACUAAACGCUUCAGAACUCACCUUCCAAUAUACUUUACCGAAAGUUGGAACCGUAUUCCAGAAAUUUAUGAUUGCCGUUGUGGAUAGCAAAGGAAACGGAAACACUUCUGCUCUUAUCACACCAAACAAUUCUAGUACAAGUACUUCUGAAUGUACGGAAUACUCCACCUCUAAUCUGAAAGUAAAAGAAGGCUCAAAAGCGUAUGUAAUAGCAUCACAGUGUUCGAUGAUGGUCUACAAGCCAACAGGCCCCUUCACCGGAGCUGGACCAUUCUCGUACUCUUUGGUCCCAGAGCUUGGCUUGCCGUUCACGAUUAAUAUCCCAAAAUCAGCACAACGGAAUGCAUCAAACUUUCAUUAUGAAAACAUUAUGCAUGUCGAAAAUGGGACAAGGUACUAUCAAUUCAUGUCAGUUGGAGAUGGAGGAGGUUCUACCCUGUCCGCCGUUAUCGUUAAUCAAAACCAGUCAUGCUUGAGAGAUGAUAACAAGCGUCCAGAUUUGAGUACUACCCACCUUUUGCCGGUCGGAUCACUUUUAGCAUCUUUCCAAAAUCUUCCGGGAGCUAUUGCACCACCAACGGGUGACAUUAUUGUCAAACAACCAGAUAAUGGCAAGAGAAAUCUGAAGAGCUUAUUAGGCGGGAUUCUUGGCACUUUGUUCGGCUUGCUUCUACUUUUACUUAUCUCUUACAAAGUUUAUCGUACGAUACAAAAGAAACGACAACUGUUUCAUAGAAUGGAAAAUGCACAAUUCGUUGAUUCAAGGGAAAGCAUUCUCGAAGAAAGUCCUUCGAGCAAUCAACAGUCUAUUUUGAUCUCUCCUUUCCCCUAUGAAUCCGAUGAAAUUUUUCAUGGUGAACCAGGAAACGGUACGCAUCAUAAUGCAAUCGGCCUUCGAUCAAUGAGCCGUAAAAAGAAGUGGAAUGAUUUAGGUUCUUCUCUCGGGGGUCGGCUUUCAGGAUUAAGACAUGUUCCAAGGUCAGAAAAGACGAGAUCGGGAUCCAAAUAUGGAAUAUCUUUAGCUAAUCUCACAAAUGAUGCAUCUGAAGCACUUUUGGCUCCCUUACAAAGUCCAGGCGAUCAACUUGGAUCCUCGCAGUACGAGAAAAUAGGGUCAAGAGAAGGUGAUGAUGCAGAAAAGUCUUUGUCGCCACGACACAGUAACAUCACCUUUCCCACUACCAAUCCGAUUGGCCUAGUCGACGUCCUAGAUAAAAACAGCUCGUCACCCGCUGAGACAAAGAGGAGCUUAUUAAACGACAGCUCGCCCACACCAAACGCUCCUACACAAAAUACGAAUAUGAUGAGCACCCACGAUAAUCAUGAAUCAAGGGCAAAGUCUUACACAUUCAUGCGCGAAAGCAAUGAAAGCGCUCAAACACUAAAAUCUCGAUUUAAGGAGUGUUUCGAUAUUGAAUCAGUGGAUGAAGGCGCACUUUCCAGAAUACUAGAUGCAUGA